UUUUGCCCUUUUCAAAAGGUCUUUUUCGAGGAAGCUUCUUCCCUGAAAGACGAUCUCGGAUCGCCUCGGCACAGGCGAACAUCUGCCGCAACGAGGAGCACGAUUCCUCCUUAUCCCCGGUUUUACGAUUUUAGGGCUCUGCUCUUAGGUCUUAGCGAGAGCUAGCGAGAGCGAGCGAGCGAUUGAUUUGUGGAUCUUUUCUCCCCGGGCGCGUCGCGUGAAGAAAUCAAUCAUGGCAGCAGCUGAGGUUUCGACCUCGCGCAAGCAGCUCUUUCACAAGCGGAGCAUGGAUUGCGUCCUGAGCAUGGACAGUGUGGCGCCGUCGCUACGCGAGCAGCUCCGCCACACCUACAGCGCUAACAACGUCCUCUCGCCGCGAAGAAAAUCUGCCGACAUCCGCCUCGUCGCCCGCCACGCCGACGUCUACGAGCCCUGCGACGACUCCUUCGCGCUGGUGGACGCGCUCCUCGCCGACCGCUCCCACCUUGCGGAGCUCCAGCCCAAGCUGUGCAUGGAGAUUGGCUGUGGCAGUGGGUACGUGAUUUCCUCCCUGGCUUUGAUGCUGCGCGACGAAGUUGAGUCGUCCCAAUACGUUGCCACAGAUAUCAACCAGGCCGCCACCGAGACGACGCUCGAGACGCUCAAGGCGCACGGCGUCUCGGCGGACGUCGUGCGCACCGAUCUCGUCUCGGGCCUCGAGAGGCGGCUGGCCGGCAGCGUAGACCUGCUGGUUUUCAAUCCUCCAUACGUCCCCACACCCGAGGACGAAGUUGGAGCUCCGGGGAUCACAGGGACUUGGGCCGGGGGUGAUCGAGGCAGGGUGGUGAUCGACCGGCUCUUGGGCGUGGUGGACGGGAUCAUCUCCAGCCGGGGCUGCUUCUACCUGGUCACGCUCACCGCCAACAAUCCGGGAGAGAUCUGCCGGAUAAUGCAGAGCAAGGGGUUCGCGUCCCGGAUCGUGGUGCAGCGCCACACCGAGGAGGAGAGCUUGCACGUCCUCAAGUUUUGGAGGAGGAAUUCACAGGGGAGUUCGUCGUCUUCGUCUUCCUCGUCCGUGGUGGCAGCGGGUUCCUCCUCCUCCUCGCCCUCCAUGGACUCAAGCACGAAUUUCUCGUCGCCGCUGAUGUGCUUGCCGCAGAAGAUCUCUCGCCUCGCGUUUUGGAAAUGACAAGAACAAGCCAAGGAGGAGGAAGGAGAAGAGUUGAUCUCCUUCUUUUGUAUGUAAAUUUUGUAUAGAAGCUCUCUCCUUUGUGGUGUUAAGCAUAAUGCGCUAAUCUAAACUAAUUGGCUUGA